AUGGCAUCGAACGGCAUCACGAACGCGUAUAUCUCAGACGAGACGCCCGCGACCAAAGUUGCCAAUGGCCAUACCCCCGAAAACUGGAUGCCUUGCGCAGAUCAGCCUGUGUAUAGCCGACGCAAGCUUCGGAUCGCUUGUAUCGGGGCUGGGUUUUCUGGCUUGACAUUAGCACACAAAGUUGAUCAUGAGUUGAAACUUAGUGACGUGAUCGACCUGGUAAUUUAUGAGAAGAACUCUUCGGUUGGUGGAACUUGGUUUGAGAACACUUAUCCAGGCGUAGCUGAUGUUCCUUCUCACGCGUACACUUUCCUGUUCGAGCCCAACCCCAACUGGUCGAAGUUUUAUUCCCCGGGACCCGAAAUCUUUGAAUACAUUCAAAAAACAACAAAGAAGUGGAAUUUGGACAGGAAGGUUCAGUUCAACUCCCGUGUCAAAGAAACUGUUUGGGAUGAUGCUUUGGGGAAGUGGAAAAUCGAAGUCGAACAGGCGGGGUCGGUAAAGUAUGACGAAGUCGAUAUAUUGGUUAACGCAGCAGGAUUUCUCAAUAAGAGAAGUUGGCCAGACAUCGAGGGUCUGUGUAGUUUCAAGGGCAAGCUUCUUCACACUUCACAUUGGGAUAACAACUAUGACUGGACCGAAAAAAACAUCGCCGUGAUUGGAAACGGCUCAUCAGGCGUCCAAUGUGUGACAGCUGUACAACCCAAGGCCAAGAAGCUUGUUAAUUUCGUUCGUAACCCAACAUGGAUUUCUGUCAACUUUUGCGCAGACAAAACGCCCAAUGGUCUCAAUUUUGCCUAUACGGAAGAGGAGAAGACGUCACUUGCAGAGGACCCCGCUGCGCAUUUUCAGCUUCGUAGAGAGCUGGAAGCCAGUGUGAACGGCUACUUUUAUGCGAUGUACAAAGAUCAUCCGGCACAGGUGGGGGUAGAAACUCUCAGUCGGCAACAGAUGGAGGCGAAGGCGAAAGGAAUCAAGGACCCUGAAGUCGUUUCAAAAUUGCUUGCUCUCGAUUGGAAACCUGGUUGCCGUCGUCUGACGCCCGGCGAAGGCUAUAUAGAGGCUUUCUCGAAUCCAAAUGCGACAUUGAGCUUUGACCCCAUCGAGAAAAUUACUGAAGAUGGGAUUCAGACCAAGAAUGGAAAAAACCACCAAUUUGAUAUGAUUGUCUGUGCUACUGGAUUUGACACGAGCUUCAUUCCUUCCUGGAAUUUGGUUGGUCGUGGUGGAGCAAUGUUAGAUGAACGAUGGAAGACCAACCCGGAAGCGUUCUUCUCUGUUCAAGUUGACACCAUGCCGAACUACUUUAUUUUCAACGGUCCUAACGCAGUGGUCUCUCAUGGCUCGCUACUAACGCAGGUAUCGUGGACCUGUGACUACAUUUUGCGAUGGGCCAAAAAGAUUGCCACCGAAGAUAUUAAGUCAAUUGAUGUUAAGAGAGAAUCUAUGGAUGACUACAAUGUCUAUGCCCAGGAGUUCUUGAAGCGCAUGGUCUGGUCCGAUGGGUGUCGAUCAUGGUACAAAAAUGGGAAAGCGUCUGGCCAGAUCACAGCCGUCUACCCAGGCUCCACAUUACAUUUUAAAGAUUGCCUCGAAAACAUCGGUGGAGAGCAUUUCAACAUCCAGUAUCGAUCCAAGAAUAGUUUCCACUUUUUAGGAAACGGCGAGAGUAUGCAUGAUAAAAAUGGCCAAGGCGAUCUGGCAUACUACAUGGAUGAGAUGGGUUUUUGA